UAAAGUUUCUUGAGAAAAAAAAAAACUCUUGGAGGAAACAUUCUGAUGGGGAAGCUGGCACUUCCUGGCCUGUAGACUUAAAAAAAAGGACAAGAAAGUGAAAUGGAAGUUUUGAGUGAUUAUUCCGUAGCUCCCACGUCCUCUCAGUCUGAACCGUCGACAAACAAAGCAGGCAGAGUCUCUAACAUCCUCACAGACAAAUGACGCAUUUUCCAUCACAGGUAUAAAUACUCAGCAUCAUUCUCCCUCUGAAACCGAGACUUGCAGUUCAGAGCGUCACUAGCCCGCUAUGCGCCCGACACGGCGUCCCCGAGCCACGCGCGCCGGGCACUCCGCGGAGUGACAGAAUCCCCCCAAACUCUGCCAACAAUGGAGGGCACAAACAACACCACAACCUGGCCCAACUUCGACAACUCCACCAGCAAACCCCCCAAACAAGAGGAGGAAGACAUGAAGUUGAGUUAUCAGGUGGUCACAUCCUUCCUGCUCGGCGCGCUCAUCCUGUGCGCAAUAUUUGGGAACGCCUGCGUGGUCGCGGCCAUCGUGCUCGAGCGCUCCCUGCAGAAUGUGGCCAACUACCUGAUCGGCUCUCUGGCGGUCACCGAUCUGAUGGUGUCCGUGCUGGUUCUCCCCAUGGCGGCGCUCUACCAGGUCCUGAACAGCUGGACGCUCGGGCAGGUCCCGUGCGACAUCUUCAUCUCUCUCGACGUGUUGUGCUGCACGUCUUCCAUCCUGCACCUGUGCGCCAUCGCCCUGGACAGGUACUGGGCCAUAACCGAGCCUAUCGACUACAUGAAGAAGAGGACGCCGAGGAGAGCCGCGGUUCUCAUCAGUGUCACCUGGCUUGUCGGUUUCUCCAUCUCAGUUCCGCCCAUGCUAGUCAUGCGCUCCCAGCCGGGCAGCAUGGCAGAGGACAGGGCGAACCCCAAACAGUGCAAGAUCAGGCAAGACCCCUGGUACACCAUAUACUCCACAUUCGGGGCUUUUUACAUCCCUUUGACCUUAAUGCUGGUUCUGUACGGACGGAUAUUCAAAGCGGCCCGGUUCCGGAUCAGGAGGACUGUGCGUAAAACCGAGAAAAAGAAAGUGGCGGACUCCUGUUUGGCGAUCUCGCCAUCGCUUUUCCACAAAACUCCUCACGGAGACGCGCAGGGAAAGAGCUGGAAAAGGAGCGUGGAGCCGCGGCCGCUGGCGCUGCCGAGCGUCAACGGCGCGGUGAAGCACGCGGAGGACGGGGAGUCUCUGGAGAUCAUCGAGGUGCACAGCAACUCCAGGGGUAACCUGCCACUGCCCAACACCCCCAGCACAGUGCCGCUGUUUGAGAGUAGACACGAUAAGGCGACGGAGGCCAAGAGGAAGAUCGCGCUGGCGCGCGAGCGCAAAACGGUGAAGACUCUAGGCAUCAUCAUGGGCACCUUCAUCCUCUGCUGGCUGCCCUUCUUCAUUGUUGCCCUCGUCAUGCCUUUUUGCCAGGAGUCGUGCUACAUGCCCCGGUGGCUGGAGGAUGUCAUAAACUGGCUGGGCUACUCCAACUCCUUACUGAACCCCAUCAUUUACGCAUACUUCAACAAAGACUUUCAGAGCGCCUUCAAGAAAAUCAUCAAGUGUCAUUUCUGCAAACCGUGACCGUUCAGUCUUUAGCUCCUUUCUUUAUAUGUGUAGUGUCUCCUUGACCCGAAAGAACCCGGGUCAAACCUCCAAAAGGACCGGAUGAGGCUGUAGGUGAUGGGAGGACUCCUGGCUGAUUGUUGUUGAUAAUCACCGUCGUUCAGUAUCUGCAGAGAUGUGUGUUGCUGAUGCAUAGAUGCAGCUGUGAUCGUCUGACUGAAGCUCCUGUCACUCGUGUAAAACCCAAUAAAGACCCAUUUUCCAGA